UGUGUGUGUGUGUGUGUGUGUGUGUGUGUGUGUGUGUGUGUUGUAGUGUAUCUGUGUUAAAUGAGCGCACACCCUGCACUGCUCCAGCGGUGGACCUUGUUUCAACCCAUUACAGGCUGUAGAGACAACUCUGAGGUCAAAGGUUGCAGCACCUCAAUAACAGCGAGGAAGCAGAUGAACGCUGUAAUCUCAGCCGUCCUAAUUAAAAAGGUGGAGGUUAAAAGGUAGAUGGGGUAAAACUAACCUGCUAUGACUCAGACUGAGGAAGUUUUCCUAAGACUGAGAUACAAAACAAACCUGUCAUGAGUCUUUAAUGUAUUUAAAGGAUGUUUUUAUGAAAGUGCAGACACAGCACACAGACACAGGCAAUUUUGUAGACAUUCAUUCAUUAGUCUCGUGAGUACCGUAUGUAGCCUUGUUAUAGUCCAGUGGUUUGGAUACACAUGUUGCUGCCUUGUAGCAUUUCCAUUUCUACUGAAUAUGAUAGCUCUAAUCUUCAUGGCCUUGUAAAGUUCCCAUACAGUAAAUCCUUAAAUAUACUGAAAUGCAUGCCGCUAGCCCCGCUGUGUGCCACAGCGUCUCUUUUGGUCCCACCGAUAAAACAUCUCAUGGUCUAAGUCCUACACAUAAACACAUCAGCUGGGACUUGGCAGAGGCUGUCAAGAGAUCCACACGGACACUCCUCUUUACUCAUAAUGCAGUUAUUACUAUUAUAAUAUAGAUAUCGUAUAAUAUAUAAGACAAUACUAAAAUAUUCUUCUUUAUUUUUACGUGUCUUUAUUUUUAAUUGAGUAUUUGAGCGGUGUAUGAUAUUUUGAUUGCUUUACUUUUUAAUGUAGUCCUACUGUAGGCUAAGUUUGCAAUGUGCAGUGGCAUGUAGUAUGUAAAAAAUGUGUUACAAAUGUAAUAGUAAAAAGUUUGGGUUGGAAUUACCAGAAACAAUCAAUAUUAGUAGGAUUGGAGGCAGAAACAGGUGAUUAUGAAAUCUGUGUUCUGGUCUUUUUUUAGUUUUAGCCUCAUCCGUGCUUCUCCAAAUUUGAAGCUAGUUACACUUCAAUGCUUGGACACGUGUGUGUGUGUGUGUGUGUGUGUGUGUGUGUGUGUGUGUGAGUGUGAGUGUGAGUGUGUGUGUGUGUGUGUGAGUGAGUGAGUGAGUGAGUGAGUGAGUGAGUGAGUGAGUGGCACUGGCACCGUGUGUAGAUGUGUGCGUGUUGAGGAAGACCCGCGUGAGCUGCGAGCCCAUCGCAGACAAACGGACGGUCUUCUACCUCAUCGGCAGCAUCAACGUCGACAAACCUCGAGCGCCGCGUCUGCUCCCCUCCUCUUCAAAACAACCAAAACAAAACGCGUCCGACACUAAAAAGCAGCCACCAGCAAUUAUCCAGUCAUUUGGCCCUAAGCUCUCACAUGCUGAAUGAAUUUAUCCUCCCUGUUCUCCCUGUGGUGGAAAAUAGUGAUGUUAAUUCAUAUGCCAUGGGAUUGGUAGCCACACAAAGACCAAAGACCAAGUGCUUCCACCUUGGGCGAUUCUGUGAGUGAUUAUGUCUACUGCUGCUUGUGGGGGACCAGCGGCCACUGUUUGUGAGAACCGCAUUGCUCCGUUCCAGGGGAAUCCUGCUCUGGCCCUAUUCACACUGUUGGAAAUGUGUUUCGUUUGAUAUGAGUUCAAAGAGAUUCUAAAGUUGCAGGUCUCGCUUUAAGUCCGGGUUCAGUGUGCUACCUGUGAGUUGGGUGGAUCAAAGUUCUGCUCAAGAUUUCAAAGCCCAACUCUCCUAAAGAGACAGGUUUUUGCAAGUGCAUUAGGACCUUUAGUGUGACGUGUCUCUGCAGUCUGUCUCUCUGGAUACAUUAUUUCUUGUCACAUGGAAUAACGUGUUAUUUUGGAUAUUUGAUUGAAAUUCACUCCAACGUUUGCUCCCUUUUUUACGCCAUGUUUAGGUUAUAUGCAUACAUGGACUGUUGUGAGAGUGCAUACACCUAGAUUUACUGUGUUUCUGUUGCUUUGUGUGUGUCCAGGAAUUGUGCAUGCAUGCACGGUUGUGUUGUGUAAGUAUGCGUGUGAUUGGAGGAGAUUGAGAUUUGCAUGGGCUGAAAUGCAAACACACUCCUGAGAGAAAUCCAUGGUCCAGUGCUACUGCUGUCCUGGUCCCGGGACCUUUGCUCAAAAUACAUCAAUACAGCAGCUGUUGUGGUAUUACUGGGAAAUGCUACUUAUGGACAGGGAAUAUCCCAUACUGGUAAAGGCUGGAGCUUUCUCCUGUUCUGGAGACCUGCUGUACCAUGCAUGACUGAGUUCUGUGAUUCUACAGUUUUACUGUACAAGGCCCUGGAGCUAAUCGAAUGGCUAAUGUAACCAAGUGCUGGUAGUAGCCUUGUAAUAGGCUUGCUGUGUUUCCUUGCCAUGGUGGAAGUGAGAUCCUUGUACCACCAUGUUUAAGUUCCUGGCAUUUUGUAUUUUAUAGAUUAAAGAUCAAAAUAAUUGUGUGAAGUAUACUCAACACUUUAAAGGUGUUAUGUCCCACGGUAGCUACUAUAUGUGUUCUCUUUGCUACAUUGCUAACGUACUAAUUACAUUCCAGGGUAACACAGCAGGACCAGCUUACAGUACAUUUAUUGUCUGAUGGACUUGUCAGUCUUCCUCUCCAUGGCUAAGAACUGGACUGGCUGAUAGCUGCUAAUACUUUCCAUAUACAGGAGAAAUGGUGAGCACGGACAGUAUAGUGUUUCUUUCCUGUAUUGCACAGAAGAGAGUACUUUGCCUGUUCUGAGAUCACAUAAAGGAGCUGGUUUUUCCAGUCAUUUUAUGGUUGAACAGUUUUAAGUGGGCUCCUUCCCUGUGGGCCGCAGCACAGGUGCUGGCUGUGUCAAUUGUUUACAGAAGUUCAGAGCGGCGCGAUGGCUCGCAGAGAGACGGAUUGGGGGCCCCGGACUCCGGUGCGAGGCAAGAAGAGGUAAAGCAAGUGUAAGAGAGUGCAAAGAGAGAGCGAGACACUCUGACACGGGUAAAUUAGAUCCAGAGAGGGAAAUAGCAGGAGGUAAAGUGACUGUUUUACUGCCCAGGCUGCAGGUGCGACGGCAGCUUACCGAAUGACCCCAGAACCGCAAGGCACACACACACACGGCCACAUUCAUGCACGCAAGAAAAGCAGCCAGGCACACACCCGGGCUCCGACAAGCACACGCAUGCAUGCAGGGCCACGCACAAAUGUCACAAACACACAUUGCGUUGAUGAGUCGAGUUUAUAUUAUGUCAUCCUCUCUUCCUGCUACUCUGUUUGGUCAAGGCAGCAAACUCAUGAGAAUUUUUGUCAAUUGGAUUAUGCUACUGCGUGGACGGGCCUGUGUACAAGUGGCAGAACAGUUCACCAAUUCAUAUAAAUAUUUUCAUCAACAGCACCAUUUAGUUCUGCCCAAUUAUGGGUUCUGUUUUUCUGGGCCAGGCGUGUAGAUACAGGAAGACAAACAUUUGGUUUGGAAAAUAAGGGGAAAACAUUAAAGGUUUAUAUGUUUUAACUUGUAGCGACUGUGUUUAACAGUACAUGAGAGGAAUGAAUAAUGCCAUUGGUCCAGUGGUUAGGAGGAUUUACUGCUGUAUAUUUUCCUAUUUUAUGGUUGAAACUCCCCCGUCUGUAAUAUUUUGAGUUCUUUCUUACUUGGUUGAGUAAUGACCUUAGCAUGUAUGUUUUUCCUGCGAAGCUUCUGUUUCUGGGCGUCACUGUGGCCAUUAGGAGGUACCGGUAACACUGCAGGAUGGCUCCCCCAGCCCUGCUGAAACCCAAUCUUUCUCUCUCCCGCCUGCUGCAUCCCUCCGCCUCUCCACCACACAAAGCCACCGGCCCCCACAUUUCCCCCCCACCAAUAAACAAUCUAUUUCUAUAUUCCUGUUUCUUUCCAUUUGUACAAAAUAGAAUUCUCAAGCCUUUGCUCUCCAUCACCACAAACUUUCAAAGUGCCUGUCUCAUUCUAUUCAUAUCCCGUAAUGCAUUCAAAGUUUGAAUGUAAGUGAUGACAUAAACUGCAGCCAUCACACUAUAAAGUGUGUUUUCACACACUUUGUUGUUUUUUUUUUCUUUCUUCCCAAGACCAUAGUUCCACUGUGCCCUCAAUAACUCUUGUCUUGUAUAAAUAUGUCUAAAGUUCUGUGUUUUGUACGUGUGAAGGCAUGUGUAUGCUAAUCCAAUGAAUCUCAUGUACGUUGAAUUGAACGCGCCGCCGCCUCGGUGGUUUUAAGGGGCUUGGGAGGGAUACGUUUAAGGCACUGUGUGCAUAGUUUUGGGUUAAACGGGACUUUUGCAUCUGAGUGGAGAGCUCUUCAGAGAUUCAUAAAUCCACCCAGGAUUGUGGCGCUGCUCAGGCAUGGCGAGGAGUAAAAAUGUUUUCUUAUGGAUAUUUAGCUUCUUUUUACUUUACAUGUCUGAAGGAAUAGAAAAAUAACACGUCAGGCCCUCAUCUUAUUUACGAGCCAAUGAGGAUGGCAGGGGUCAGUGGUAUUGAGCCCAGACCUUUAGGGAAUGUGGGUCUGGACUUUACUUUUUUAAGUUGUCUCGCUAUUUUAGUAGACUUAUGCUAAUAUAGCUACUAUGUGUCUGAGCUAUUUGUAAUUUGGUAUGCUUUUUGUGCAUCUUUUUGUGCAGUUUAAGAUGUUCCUCAUGUGUUUGUUUAUGUGUUCUUCAGGUUAUGUGCAGAGUCUGAUCCGGCGCGUGGUGAACAACGUGAACAUCGUGGUGAACAACCUGAUCCUCAAGUACGUGGAGGACGACAUCGUGCUGUCGGUCAACAUCACCUCUGCGGAGUGCUACAGCGUGGAUGAUAUGUGGGAGAGGGCCUUCACGGACAUCACUGCUCCAGAGCUGGUCCUAAGGAAAGUGAUCAACUUUGCAGACUGUACCGUGUGCUUAGACAAGCGGAAUGCCAGUGGCAAGAUCGAGUUUUACCAGGACCCGCUGCUGUACAAGUGCUCCUUCAGAACGCGUCUGCAUUUCACCUACGACAACAUCAAUUCCAAGAUCCCAUCCGUCAUCAAAAUCCAGACCAUGGUGGAGAGCCUGAAGUUGUCCAUUACUGAUCAGCAGCUGCCCAUGUUUAUCCGCAUUUUAGAGCUGAUUAUUGCCCUCUACUACGGGGAGCUCGGAGGACACAAAGAGGGCGAGGGGGAAGAGGGCAGUGUUCAUGUCAGGGAGGCUGGAGCAAUUUUACCUGGGAUGGAUGUGGAUAUGGAGACCCAGGGGGCUAGCCAGUACUCCAGCCAAGACCUCUACAUGCAGUCUGGGGGUCUUGAAGACGGAGACCAGGGUUGGAUGUCCUGGGCGUGGUCCUUCGUCCCAGACAUCGUAGGCGAAGAGGAGGGAUAUGAGGAAGGCCUCUACGAGCAGAGAGAGGCAGGAGGCAUCCCAACCAACCCACAGCAACACACACCCAAAGACCCCAUCGUCUCUAUCGGCUUCUACUGCACCAAAGCUUCUGUUACCUUCAAGGUAAAUCAGCUGAUUAAAAAAGAAAAAGAUGUGCUUCAUCAUCAAAGAUUCCAUUACCAGAUCAAGGGCUACAGUGCAGGCCAGCGUACAUUGACUUAAUGUCAGAUGUCAAAAUGAAAUGAAAGAAAUACUAUAAUAUUUUCCUCAGUUUUAAAAGUGUUUAAAAGUAUUCUGCAUCACAUUGCCAGUAAGUACAUGUGGUAUGAAUAUGAUUUACCAUUAAGAUGUACUUUUAAAAUAACAAAAAGUAUUUCAGAUAAACUAAUAUCGUAUACAGUGGCAACAAAAAUAUAAAACAUAAGCGCA